GACCAGCAAGACUGGUUUAUAAUAUAUUGACUUAAAAUAAUUACUUUCUCAGUAUAUUUGACAUUUGCUUUUUUGGAAACCACUAUUGAGUAUUUUUUAAUCUUAAAUACUAACGUAAAAGUACUUAAGUACUAUCUAAUUAUUCUGUUUUAGUAUAUAAUAUACAGAAAAUAAAAAAAUUAAAAAGAAAUUUUACCCUAUUUCAAAUUACAUUAGUUUAUUUAUAUAAAUUGCUAAUUAUUUAUUUAAAAAUAUAUUCUUUAGCAAUAGUCAGAAUCAAUACAUUUUUAACACUGUUAUUUCAACUAUCUACUAUUGUGUUAUGAAAUUUAGUCAUGGUGGAGAUAGAAAUCAAAGAUUGGCUUUCGGAAAUUGCCACUUUGGAAAAAGAUGAUUGGGCUACAUUUGCUGUUUCAACAACUCAGAAUAAGAUACUUAUAGAAUCUAUUUAUGCUGUACUUGAUGAAAUUAAAAAAUAUUCAAAGUUGGUUGAUCGUAUUUGUGGUGCCUUAUUCAACUGUUAUAAAACUGAAGAAACUGACCUUCACUUAUUUGUUUUAUUAUUUUUACCACAUUUAACAUAUAAUUACCUGAACUCACUUACACAUGUUGACAAAUUGAGUUGUAGAAGUAUAGAAGCUUUAUUAAUUGGCAUUUACAAUUUAGAAAUUGUGGAUGAAAAUAAUACACCAAGAGUUAUAUCAUUCCGUUUACCAUCAUUGGCCCAACCAUCUAUAUAUCAUGAGCCUAGUAGUUUGGCUCCGACUUCAUUAACUGAAACAGCAAUUCGACGUUUAGAACAAAGAGAUACACAUCCUGUUCGUCGUGGACCAUUUAAUCAGAUUGAAAAGCUUUCAGCAUCAAAUAGGAUGGAAGUUCUUAGUCACUUAUACUUCAUUUAUUACAAAAAUAUAAAUCUUUUACCUGAAGUUUAUAGUCCAUUUGAUCGUUUUUAUAAAAUUACAAUCAAAAUGCUUACUCAAGGUUUUCAUCAGAUACAUUCAACUUCAUUUGACAGUGCAGACAUUUUACCUUCAGCAGACUCAAGAAUACACUUGUCUCCCAAGUUUUUAAUUCAUUUACUUUAUUGUUUAUACAUUUCAAUAUUCAACUGUGCAAAAGCAGAAGCAAUACAAGCCCUGGACAAUGUUUAUUAUCGAGCAUGUUAUCACUGCUAUUGUGAAGUGAUACUAUUAGCAAAUGCUAUAAAAAAUUCUUGUGAAGGAUAUUUUGACGGUGGUCAAUCACUCAAUGUUUCAUCUGUGGGAACACCUGUAAACAAUAGCUCAUGUAGUACUCCAGUAUCAAAAUCAAUGAUUACAAAUGCAUCAUUCAGGACAAAAAAAUUACCAGAUGAUAUUCCUAUACAAAAUAGUCAUGGUACAGUUAACGAAAGUUUUGAUGCUGGAUCUAAUUUAACCUCAAUAGUAGAAGAAACUGAUGGAAAAGAUUUAAUUGUGGAUUCUGUUCCAAUUAAAAGAAGUUUACCAAAAAUAGCUGCGAAUUUUGGUAAGAAAACUGCUGAAAAAAUAGCUAUUGCAGUGAAAAGCUCUUCAAAUACAAAAGUGUCAAAACUCUGUUCACAAAAUGGAUCAGAUAUUUAUGAAACAGAUGAAAGUGGAAUAGAUUUAACUGGAUCUGAUAUAUCAGAUUCAAAAGCUGGUGUUGGUCACGAGGAAAAAGGAACACUUACCCCUUUGUUGAGUAAGAGAAAUCCUAGCAUUGACAUUGAAACUGCUAGAUCCAUUCAGAUGAAUGUUAACACUAAGUGUUACAAAGAACGAUUCUAUUAGUUUAUUUCUAAAUCUUCUCCAAUAUUCAUAUAUUCAUGAUUGAGAGUACUGCAUUUUAAUUCGGAUACAACUUAUUACAUUUAAUGGUCUAUAGAUAAUAUAUAGUAUUCUGGUGGUUUGUGGUGUUCUGCCUGAAACGUAUCAAAUUUUUGUAGAACUAGUAUUCCAUUGUGAUAAUUAUGUAAAUUUAAUUUUAAUAUUGUACUUAAUUAUAAUCUUCCUGUUAAAACUGUUAUUUAAUUUUACGGUAUACAUUUUAUUACAUCAUUAAAGUAUUAUCUUUUUAUCUUAAUAAAAAUUGAAUUGGAUUAUGCUUAAUA